AUGCUCUCUAGGAACCUCUUGCGCGACCCUUCGAGCGAUCUCGCCGGCCGGCUGGCGGCACGCGGCAUCGACCCGGUCGAGCUCGACGCCUGGCGCGAUGCGGACACCCAACGUCGCGCCGCCGUCACCGAGCUGGGCGAGCUGCAGCAUCAGCGCAAGGAGGCGUCGAAGGAAAUCGGCCAGAUCAAGCGCCAGGGAGGCGACGCCGACCGGCAGAUCUCCGCGGUGGCCGAGAUCAAGGCCGCGAUGGAAGGUCUCGAGUCGCGCACGGCGGAACUCGAUGGAGAGCUGGCCCGUCUGGCGGCCGGAUUUCCCAACCUGGCCAACGAGACCGUGCCGGUGGGCAAAGACGAAGCCGCCAACCGGGUCGAGCGCACGGUGGGCGAGCCACCGAGCUUCGACUUCGAGAUCCAGGCCCAUUGGGAUCUCGGACCGGCGCUCGGCAUUCUCGACUUCGAGCGCGGCGUCAAGCUGGCCGGGGCGCGGUUUACCACCUACUUCGGCGCCGGCGCCCGGCUCGAGCGCGCCUUGAUCCAGCUGAUGCUCGACCUGCACGCCGGGCAUGGCUACACCGAGGUUCUGCCGCCGUUCAUCGUCAACGGCGAAGCGCUCCACGGUACCGGCCAAUUGCCCAAGUUCGAGCACGACCUGUUCAAACUGCGCAGCGAUCACGAGUUCUAUCUGUCGCCCACCGCCGAGGUGCAGCUGACCAAUCUGCACGCCGGUGAGAUCCUGGCCGAAGACGAUCUGCCGCGGCGCUAUACGGCUUACACGCCGUGCUUCCGCUCCGAGGCGGGUUCCUACGGCAAAGACGUGCGGGGCCUGUUCCGCCAGCACCAGUUCAACAAAGUCGAGCUAGUGCAAAUCGUCCAUCCGGACGAGAGCCCGUCGGCUCACCAGCAGCUCACCGGCCAUGCCGAGAAAGUCCUGCAGGUGCUCGAGCUGCCCUACCAAGUGCUCACCCUGUCGACUGGUGACAUGGGCUUCUCGGCCGCCGAGACUCACGACAUCGAAGUCUGGCUGCCGGGGCAAGACACCUACCGCGAGAUCAGCUCGUGCAGUAACUGCACCGACUUCCAAGCGCGCCGCGCCGGCCUACGCUACCGCCCGGCCGGCGGCGGCAAACCGCGCUUCGUGCACACGCUCAACGGCUCAGGCCUGGCGGUAGGCCGCACCCUGAUCGCCGUGCUGGAAAACAACCAGCAAGCCGACGGCACGGUAAAGAUCCCCCAGGCCUUGCAGCCCUACAUGGGCGGCCAGGAGAUCAUCAAGGGGCCCUGA